AUGAUGCUGAUGUCGCCUGAACUGAAGCAGCAGCUAGAAUUUUGGCAGAGCAUCACAGGCAAAAACUUACAUGGCAAUGCAUACAUUUUUGUGGUGGAUAAAGCCCUUGCGCUGGAGCAGCCAGCAGAUCUGCAACAACUGGGCACCCGACAUUUCCGAGGUUUUUUGACUGUGUUAGAGCCAGAGCAACCUCCUCGCUUGUGGAGGGAUUUGGAUCAUGCUGCGAAUCACUGGAUAGGAGAUAUGCCUCCAGACGUCAUGCUUCGAGCUCCGAAACUGUUCGUGGAGCAGGUGGUCCAUGGAAGAUGGUCAGCGUUGCUGCUGCCUCACCUUCCCAACAAAAUAAAAAGCGGCUCCUCAACCCUUACCAUGAAUUGGCCUGCAGUUGGUCUCGAUGCCCAUCACCCAAGCAUACCUCAGCUGACUCUGAUCGCCCAGACCUUCCCCGACGAAGAGUCGAAUGUUGCUUUGAACGCAGAGCUUCUAGACGAGGCCAUGGAUUUCUUGAAAACCUAUGCGGCUUCCUUGUCGGUUCAUGCUACCGACGAAACUUUUGAGAAUGUAGAGUACAUAGCUUUGCAGAAGUGUGUAGCAACCUUCCAAACUCUGAAAGCAAGCAUGGAUCCCAGCGCUUUUGUUCGCUCAGUCCGGGACAUGACUGGUAAAGGGGUGGCUUUGUGGCGAUGCUCCAGACGGCCGUAUCAGGUCGCUUUCCUUGUGAAGGCCGUGACUCUUGCGAGUUUGCUCCGCAGUGCAAAUGCGAUGUCAGAAGUUUUACAAACAGCUGCGUGCAUUGUUCUUCCAUCCGUGCUGCAACCGUCCUUUCUGACGAUGUUGGACACCUGCAAGCAGCACAUACCCCACGAGAGCACGAUUUCUAGAUGGAAACUGCUGUUAGAUGGAAGUUUCAUGCUUUUCCUGCGCCAAUGCAAUCAAGGACAAUCCGACGGUUCAGGUGGUUUCGUGCGGUACUUGAUGGCUGAUGCAUCAUCCCAGCACGGCAGAGAGCUUGAACACAUUAUGCUUUGCAGCAUCAAGAAGCAAGACUUGGCACGCCUCUAUGGUAGCUACUGCCGUUUGAUGGACAUGUGGCCUCCAGGCUAA